AUGGAGAGGGGGAAAUGCCUGGAGCUCAUCGAGAAUUGCAAGGGCCUGGCGAUGGCACGGGAGAUCCACGCGGGUAUUCCAGGACAUCUUCGAGGCGAUGGGCAGCGGCGGCAGGGAUUUGUUCUCGUGGGAGCUCAUGCUCCACGCCUGCUCCAGGAAUGGAUUGCUCCGCCAGGCGCAGGGAUUGCUGGACCAGAUGCCCCAUCGGCGUCUCAUGUGCUGGAAUUCGCUGCUCGGAUCGCUGGCUCGCGAUCGGAGGCCCCAAGAGGCAGCUCUUCUCUUCUGCACCAUGCCGGAAUGGGACCAGCUCUCCCUGAAUUCUAUCCUCUCGGCGUAUGCCCAGAGUGGGCUUCUUGAGAGAUCAAAGCUCUUCUUUGAUCGGAUGCCCCAGCGCGAUGUUGUCUCGUCCAAUGCGAUGCUCACUGCCUACAUCGUCCGAAACCAUCUUGAGGAAGCUACCGCAUUCUACGAUGCUAUGCCCGAAAGAACUCUAGUCUCCUCGACUGCUGUUCUUCAGGCGUAUGCCCAGGGUGGGCAUCUUGAGCAAGCAAAGAGAGUGUUUGAGGAGGUUCCAGAGAUGGAUGUCGUGUGCUCAACCGCGAUGCUGGCCAUAUUCUCCGAGAAUGGAAUCGUGAGCGAGGCAAGAAGGAUCUUCCACUCCAUGCCACAGAAAAAUCUAGUCUGCUGGAAUGCGAUGCUCUCCGCCUACGCUCAAAACGGCCAAAUCUCGGAGGCCAGGAGAACUCUUGAAUUUGACAUGCCACAGCACAACUUGGUGUCCUGGAACACGAUGCUCGACGCUCUCGUGCAGCACGGAAAGCUGGAAGAAGCAAAGAGAGUGUUCGAGACAAUGCCGGCGAGAAGCAUCAUCUCCUCGACGUCGAUGGUGGCGGCGUAUGCCCUGGAAGGGCAUAUCGACGAAGCCCAGCAAGUCUUCCACACCAUGCCCGAAUGGGACGUGAUAUCCUUAAACACCAUGAUCGCGGGCUUCUCGCAGAACAAGCAGCUCUCGCGUGCCAAGCUCGCCUUCGACACCAUGGACGAGAGAAACUCCUCGUCCUGGGACGCCAUGCUAGCUGCGUACGCUCAAAACGGGCAUGCCGGGACCGCGGAGAUCUUCUUCUCGAGGCUCCCGAGCCUGACCAUCUUCUCCUGGAGCGCACUGCUUGCCGGAUAUGCGCAGGACGGCAAAUCCUCCAUGGAAGCUCUCCUCCAGGCCUUCCAUUCCGCGAGCCUUGUCAUCGACAUGCCCGAUCCGACUUGCGUGGUUCUGGUUCUCACGGCGUGCAGCCGCACGGGCCAAGUUAGCCUGUGUCGGAGCUGGUUUGCUUCUGCGAGCUUGGAUUUCCACCAUAGCUCCACCCUGCAACACUAUUGCUGCAUGGUAGACGUGCUGGGGCGAUCGGGGCGUUUGGAGGACGCGGAGGAGCUCGUCAAAGCCAUGCCGUUCGUUCCUGAUGCUCUAGCAUGGACUACGCUACUUGGAGCUUGUAAAUACCACAAGGAUUUGGAAAGAGGGAGCCGGAUUUUGGAGAGCGUGGUUAAACUAGACUACGCCAACGCAGGAGCGUUUGUGACACUGGCCAACAUCUUCACUCUGAGGAAGAACGAACGAUCAAAAUAGAGCGUUCGCAUGCAACUAGGCAGGACUGUAAAUGUCUCGCAAGAGUUCAGCCUGGGUUCUUGAGGGCUGCAAAAUUUCUUGCCUCCUAAAAUUCAAAACCGCGGCCCACACGAGGCGCUACAGCCAGCGCCACUAUUGUUCUAAUUCGCACCACCUCGGAAGAAGAAUACAGUGGUAAACACUUCAACCUAAGGGUCAAGUGGAACAAUGUUGUUCGCUGUCGACAAGGGAAAAUCAUGAUUUUGAGACGGUACAAGUAUUCUCAUGUUGACAAGAUCGACAAGAACACUCGCCACUCUCGUCCCAGAGCCUGUUGGAAGCUGCCAUAGCUAGAGGGACCAAGAGUGAGUUGUGCAUUGCAUCCAUGUAGCCCAUGCUUCAUAGUUGGCACAAGUGGACUGAAGACAAAUCAUAUGUAUAAGGUAAGUGUAAGGUAAACUUAGUGGUCCUUACAUUUACCUCUGAGGUAAGGUGAAAAAUUUCACCAUUUUACUUUACAUUCACCCAGUUUUAUAUAUAUAUA